GAAGUCUGGAUCAAUAGUUUUGGUAGACGUUUGAAGCAAAUUUACACAAGCGCCAUCUCUUAGCAUGCAAUAACUGAUAUUUUUUCAAUUUUCCUUGUGAUAUAUCCGUCCGUAGCCUAGGAAACGGGUGUAGCUACAACAACAUACCUUGUGUUACAUAAAAAGUUGAUAUUCCACUAAUUUUCUGUUAAAUGUAAAUUAAUUAUUCUUUAAAAAAACGACAGUCAACGCUCGUUUAUAAAAACCUCUUUCUCGGUGGCAAAUAUAUUGGCAUAAUAGUAUGGCUGGCAGGUUUUGACUGCGCGGGCGACGAGGUGCUUGUGGAGUCUUCGCCGCCCGCCUCUCCCGUCAUGGCGGCACAGCUGGCACAACCCACACAGGGCACCAGCAGUAGUACAUCGCCGAGUGCCGUCCGGGAAUUAAUUGUGAUACCAGAGAUUAGCCACGGGAUUAAUUUGCAACAUGCAAUACAACAGGUGUCCACGUCAGGUGUGGAAGUGAAUGGUGACAGUUCGGGACAUUCGAGCCCCAAUAACGAGACGCAACACACUUAUAUCGUAGCGAACAAUGUGAAAGAGGAGCCCAGUGAAGACUUCAGCGGUGAAAGCAACGAUGAAUGCGAAGGUGGCAAUGGCGUAAACUAUCAGGUGCAAUAUGUGGAGCCGCAGGAGAUAUACACACAGGGAUCGCAGCCUCAUAUGGAGACACUUCGAGCGUAUCCAGUGUUCGGAGUGGCGAAUGUCGAGACAGUGGGCGAAGGGAGCGCUGAUAAUGAAUGGGCUGGCGAGUUCUCUUUCACGGACAGCGCGGGGACCUCAGGCUCGAGCAAUGAGCAGCCCGCGUCUCCUGCCCCACCUGCUCGAAUGCCGCCCGCCACUGUGCAGUGGCUGCUCGAUCACUACGAGACGGCUGAAGGCGUAUCACUGCCCCGUUCGACACUUUACGCACAUUACUUACGGCAUUGUACCACACAUCGCCUCGAGCCAGUGAACGCCGCGUCGUUCGGCAAACUUAUACGUUCGGUGUUUGUUGGGCUGCGUACGCGUAGACUGGGAACCCGUGGGAAUUCGAAGUACCAUUAUUAUGGGAUACGGGCUAAGCCCACUGCGCCGAGGGACUCGCCCACGUUCCCCAAUAAGUUGGAUAUGGAUGAGCAGCACGAGGAUGUGCGUCGUGAGGAGCAAGGCCCGGUGGGCAUAAGUGGCUCAGCUCACCGCCAGUACUUGGGCGCUGUGAUCCCACCGGACCCACCAGAUAUCUUCAUCGACGAUCUGCCUGAUGAUGUGCCGCUCAAUGCUGCACAGCUUUUGCAGAUUCAUCAUCGAGAGCAUGGCAUAGAGUUCCUAGAAGCCGUUGCGGCUUUGGACACGUCUGCCGUAGAGCGCGCUCGUCGCAAUUUCUGGAAGCGUCCGCCGGGCGAACUAUGCCGACGUGCUCUAUACAAAUUGACCGCGCGACGUGAUGUCGCCGUGUGGCUGAGGAAGGCCGAGUUGCAGUUGUACCAGAGAGCUGUGGAUCUGCUGUUGCCUGAUGUGUUGCGGCCUAUACCGUCGCAGUUGACUCAGGCGAUCCGUAACUUUGCUAAAAGCCUGGAAGGGGCUUUGGCGGGUGGGGGCAGUGGAGCCCCGCCGUUAGCUCAACGGGCCCAGAGCUCGGCAGCGGCAGCCUUGGCCGGGGCUCUGAGGCGGUACACUUCGCUUAACCACCUGGCGCAGGCCGCGAGGGCUGUGCUCACUAAUCAGCACCAGAUACAACAGAUGGUGUCAGACCUGAGUCGCGUGGACUUUCGCGUGGUCCGCGAGCAAGCGGGCUGGGCGUGCGCCUGCGGCUCUACUCCCGCAGCCCAUAAGCUGGAAGCUGAUUUUAAGGCAACAUUGGGCCGCGGCGCAACACUAGAGCAAUGGGCGUCGUGGCUCGAGGCGUGCGUCCGGGACGCCUUAGCGCCGCACGUGGGACGUCCGGACUACACGCCGCGCGCGAGGCGACUGCUGCUCGACUGGUCUUUUUACUCCUCGCUCGUUAUACGCGAGUUGACGUUGAGAUCGGCAGCGUCCUUUGGCUCAUUCCACCUGAUCCGUCUGCUCUACGACGAGUACGUGGCCUUUCUCAUCGAGAAACGGGUGGCGGCCCAUCGCGGGGAGCCGCCUAUCGCAGUGAUGCAGCGGGCUUUGGACGAUGAUGACGAGUUGCCCGAAGAGGUGUCCCGCGAGGAGGAGCUGGAGGGGGAGGGGGAGUGGGAGUGGGGAGAGGAAGAGGAGGACGAAGAGGACGAGGGCGAGCCAAAGAGGGCGCGCCUCGAUGAAUAGCUAGGAUUUCCCGAUUUUCUUUGCUUGCCUAUUUUGUGAGCGAUAUGUGUAUUUGUGCAAUUUUAAGUUAGAACACAGAAAUUAUUUAGAAUUAUAUAAAUUUCAAUCUUCUUAAAGCAUUUCGAUUAAGCUUUCACAGUAGUGACUGCUUUGACAUAGACAUAUUUCUGCGUUUAAACCAUUUUGACUAAGGUUUUUUUAAUUAAUUUUAAAAAAGCAUUGAAUGGCAAACUUCUCAUGAAAAUCGUGACACGAAUAAAACACUUUGGUAGAUUCGUUUAGAUAAAAGAUUCGAAAAAAUUGUAGAUUUGUGUCAUACGAUGGCUUCACAGAUAUACAUGUAUUUAAUAAUUAUAUUGUUUGUGGGUAGUUAUAAAAUAUAAGAUUUCUAGUCGUCUACCUUCGCAGGUUUUGUAUAAAUUGUAUGUGUACGGGUAAGCAAAAUUUGACAAAAAUAAGUUUGCUAUACCUAAAUAUAAGAAUUUGUGUGUUUCGAUUCUCAUUAUUCGCUACUAGUUAUACUAUAACAAUUAAUGGGAAUGGAAGGUUAAUCUUGGUACAGCAAGUGUCAAGCGUGCCCUAAUUAUAAACUGAGUCACAAAUAUAAAGUGAGACACAAGUAUAAAGUGAGACACAAGUAUAAAGUGAGACACAAGUAUAAAGUGAGACACAAGUAUAAAGUGAGACACAAGUAUAAAGUGAGACACAAGUAUAAAGUGAGACACAAGUAUAAAGUGAGACACAAGUAUAAAGUGAGACACAAGUAUAAAGUGAGACACAAGUAUAAAGUGAGACACAAGUAUAAAGUGAGACAAGCGUCAUGUCAGUCAAGACUAUAAAUUGGGACAGGAGUAUAAUAUGAGACACAAUUAUAAAGCUAGUCGCAAGUAUAAUGUGGGACACAAUUAUAAAGUGAGACAGGAGUAUAAUGUGAGACACAAGUAUAAAGUGAGACAAGCGUCAUGUCAGUCAAGACUAUAAAUUGGGACAGGAGUAUAAUAUGAGACACAAUUAUAAAGCUAGUCGCAAGUAUAAUGUGGGACACAAUUAUAAAGUGAGACACAAGUAUAAAAUGAGACACAAGUAUAAAGUGAGACAAGCGUCAUGUCAGUCAAGACUAUAAAUUGGGACAGGAGUAUAAUAUGAGACACAAUUAUAAAGCUAGUCGCAAGUAUAAUGUGGGACACAAUUAUAAAGUGAGACACAAGUAUAAAAUGAGACACAAGUAUAAAGUGAGACAAGCGUCAUGUCAGUCAAGACUAUAAAUUGGGACAGGAGUAUAAUAUGAGACACAAUUAUAAAGCUAGUCGCAAGUAUAAUGUGGGACACAAUUAUAAAGUGAGACAGGAUUAUAAUGUGAGACACAAGAAUAAAGUGAGACAAGCGUCAUGUCAGUCAAGACUAUAAAUUGGGACAGGAGUAUAAUAUGAGAUACAAUUAUAAAGCUAGUCGCAAGUAUAAUGUGGGACACAAUUAUAAAGUGAGACAGAAUUAUAAUGUGAGACAAAAGAAGAAAGAGUGCUGCAAGUAUUAAUCGAGUUCUUGGUUUAUACACGUGUCGUAAGUAUAAGUAUAAUUUUUGAAAAAAUACAGUUUAAAAUAAAACGGAAAUCCCUUCCAAUCUCAUUUUUCUAUUCCGAUUAAAGUAUUUGCCAUCAGUAGCGAAUAAUUCUGAGAUGUUAUUUUGUCAAAAAUGUAAUUAAAUACCUUUGGGAACACCGUU